AUACCAGCAAUACCUCCGCUCUAUGAAUGGUGACAACACUGAGCACGACCGAUCAUUUGCGCGUUCGCACUUCCAGCGCUUUCAUGGCUCGUCCUGCGCGCGUCUAAUGACUGCGGAGCGCUCACGGGUGGACACCUGUGGGGGGAUGCGCGAUUCCCUCUCCGGGGGUCUAAGUGUCCGGUGGGAGCGGGAUAAGGAACUGCCGCAGGAUGGAAGACGCGAUCUUUAGAGACUCACAUCUAUAUCCAGAUCUGACCGAGCUGGAAACUAAGGUGGGCAGGAAAACACCGGAGGGUCUCCUGAGAUGGAUGAGAGAUGCUGCGACCGGUGCGGACCGGGACCUGGGUCGUGACGUGGACGACGGGGGAGCACGCAGCUCCGCUUUGAACGACGGCGUUUCCGUCAAAAUCAACCACUUGAAAGAAGAGCUGAAGCGGCUGCGGACUGCUGAUGUGAAGAUACUCGGGCAGCUGGUGAACGUGCACGAGGGUAUUGAAACCAUGCGUUGGCUGAUGGAGAAUCGCGGGGCCCUGGCCAGCGGAGGCAGCAGCCUAACGGGCAGCGUGAGCAGCCUGGUGAAUGUGGAUGAGUCCUGGACGGAUCCCUGCAGGGAAACCCCGAGUCCAAUUUGCCCUCAGGACUUGACUGAAAACACUGAGAGGGAAUCACAUCGACUGCAACUACCACUCAGUGAUGAUGGUGAUUUCAACCAAAAGAGCAACAUGAGCAUAAUAAACCACCAAAGCGAAGGUAGACCUCUCGGGUCUUCCAACUCUGGACUCAGUUGGUUCAUGCCGCAAAGCCUCGCUCAGCCAUCCGCCAACACUGCCAGCGAUGUGUCUGGCGCCAGUUUACCGGAGUCACAAACACAGGACCCGGAAGCAAGUCCAUUAAAGUCUAUCAAAUCCAAUGCCAAGACCAUCAAAAGGGUUCUGCUCAGGUCUAGUCGGGUAAGAAAAGAGGUCACGGCACGUACUAGUAGUUCAAUCUUCACUACAGAGUCAGAGGAGACAAAGACAGAGCAUCAAACUCACAAGCGCUUCAGAACAUCUCUGGACAAUACCACAUCCAGCCUGGAGGAGGACUGGAUGGAAGAUGAAGUGACAUUUUUAUGAUGCUGUCUGAAAUGGUUCUUAACUGUGUCUCAAGAUUUAAAAACCCGUAUAAACCAUGUGAUUUGGAGGAAAAACUGACCUGAAAAACUAAAAAAUGACAUGUUCGGCAACAAUUAAAUCAUUCUAUUUCAAUUAUAGCUACAGUUUUGUCUUUACAUUAACUCGCCAAACAUUCACAUUGAAAACAACUUCCUGCUUGUUUAUUGCUAUAAAUAGAAUCCUUUUUUAUGAUCUUUUGCCUUUAUUCAGUUUAUAACUGACCUUUCCCAACCCCUAAAAAUAAACUGGGUUUGUAACAUAAUUAUUUUUAUAUUUAAUUAUGUAACGUGGAAUAAAAAUACAAUAAUAAAAUUGAACGUAUGCUCAGUA